CUAGGGUGGAGGGCAGAGGAAACCAUAAGCCACCUGAGUUGAGAUCGCUGCCGAAGCCAUGGAGCUCUGCUUUGAGGCCGUUGAGCUGUUGGGCCUUGAUGAGGCUGCGUGUCGCAGCGUCCUUGAAGACUUGGCCAAGAACCUCAGACCAGUGCCUCCACUGGAGUUCAAAUCCUUCUCGGAUUGCAGCUAUUUGACAUGCAAGGCCCUUGGCCUUCAGAUUCGACUCACCACCGGCAAAGCAGACGUGGUGUUUCUCUACAACGAGAGUGUCGAGGGCUUCAGCCGAUUCGAAGGGACCUUGCCAGAGGUGCGGAACCGAUAAAUCAGCGAUGAUGAUUUUUCAUCGGGCCUAUCAACAGUUUCACUCGGAGGGUAGCAGGAGAAUUUGGUGGUCAUUUGGUAUGCUAGCUGCUAGAGUUGCGUUUCCAAAAUCAAUUAAGCCUGAGCCGCUUUCCAGCGUCCCAGCCCAGUAGCUUCUUAACCUCCUAGUAGCUAGCGCACUAGCCUCUCCUCACAACCCCCAUCCCUCAAACAAUGGUUUCAAUGUGAUGUUUCUUUCAAUUGACAACUUCCUGUCCAAAGAACUAUUACACAUGAAAGCUGUUCUUUAUAUAUGUUUUCGCUCUGCCCGGUUUGUUCGUUCAAUUCAAAUCCGUUCAGUCUUCGCCGGGCGAACAAGGGACUUCAAUGGUCUCACCAC